CUAGAUUCUCGCGCACUGGUUUUCUUUUCGACGGCCUCUGCAUCGUCAACGCUUGGGCAGCAACUCUCAUUUGGUCAACUUCAACAUCUCACGAAGUCAUCCCGAUAACACAUAACCUACCUACUUCUGUCCAACACCAAGAAAACGUAUCCAAGAUGAGCGGACCGCAUACAGCCUUCUUCUACGGCACUCUGAUGGAGCCCAAAGUCUUCUUCACGGUCGUCCAAGGCAACGGCAACCCGCCCCAGGCAAUCAAGGACCUCUACACAUUCACGCCCGCCCUUCUGCACGACCACACCCGCCACCGCGUCCAGCUGGCCGACUACCCGGGCAUGAUCCCCGAAGCCGGCGGUUCUGUUCUGGGCAUCUACGCCACGGGUCUCACGGACGCCAACGUCCUCAAGCUCGACUUUUUCGAGGGCUCCGAGUACGAGAAGAAGAUGGUCACCGUCAAGGUCCGCGGCGGCGGCGGUGGUGGUGCUGGUGCUGGUGCUGGUGCGGAGCAGAAGGAAGAGGACAAGGAGGCCAUGGCUUACAUCUACAAGCGCCCGGAGAACUUGGAGCGCGUGGAGUGGUCAUUCGAAGAGUUCCGCAAGGACAAGAUGCACGUCUGGACGCGCGAGAGCUAUGUCUUUGAAGGCUGCGACGAUUAUGCAGAGUUUGAAAAGGUAGAGAAGGAAGAUGCAAACGGUCACGAGGAGAAGAAGGAUGCUGGUGCCAAGUAGAGUGAUGCUUGGCUAGGGGACUUCAAUUAGGUCAACAUGCCUCUUCUUUUCCUGUUCUUCUCUGUCACAUGGCGGCAAACGGCAUUAU